AUGAAGGAUUAUCUUUACGCACCCCCUCGACGGUGCAGGACGAUCGAGAUCAUCCACGACGCUCUAGCAAAAGCUGGAAAGAUUAAACCUAGCAGACAGCGCAGAUUCCUGAAUCCCAAAGAGGCACAGAAACUGAAAACAAAAUGGCGAAACAAGAUGCUACUCGACGAAUUGGUGCUUGCCUAUGUGGAACUUAGCCAAACCAGCAAUAGACCUGGAGGCUUUAUUGACGACGAUGAGUGCGAUAUGUAUUGGCUCCUGACGAGACGGUUUUAUCCAGCGGACAAACAGCGAGCACAAGCCAUCAUUUAUCCUGAUGGUCGGCAAGGCAGAUUGGACGCUGGAAUCCAUUAUGAUCUCGAUGCUGCCUUCUCAGAGAUCCUCUUGGCCCGUGCUGCCCAGACCGAAACAUCUUCACAACGCGACCCAGGACAGCAAGCAGACAACGCCAUGACUCCAAGCCCCGCAGCCCCUACUCCUCCGACGAUGUCUCGUAAAGAAUGCCUCAAGCGUAGAGGAAUUUGGCGAGCUUGCCGGGUGGAGCUCCCACCAUGUCAAGCUCAUAAGGGCUUAUGGGCGGGAAUACAUCAAUUCGUUUCGGUUCCAGUACGAGGACAAGGGCUACCUGCCUCCGCGGGUCAAUUGGGCGGCUGUUCACGCGCUCAAAGGCAUGUCUCGGGCUGCCCCAGUCAGGAAUUAAUGAUAUUCAAAAAGCGACAGAUAUCUCCACAUUUCUUAUCCUCUUAUCCUCCAGUAAGCCUAUUCAUUCACCCACGCAUCCAACCGGCCUCCCCGUGCAAUGGGCUGGAUCCGCUGCUUAUCCCCCGGCCAGAGGCCUUUAAGUAUAAAAAGAUACACAUCGCACUGGUCACAGUCAGAGCCGCUAUAUGGAUCAUCAGCUACCUUGCUGAGUUCCACAAAUACAACAACCAGUUCAUCGACUUCAGAUGGAACAAGGGCAAAGAGACUUGGUCAUUCAAUCCCAACUGA